CUUCCCAUUGAUGUGUUAGGACUAAAGUUGACCAGUCUCUUUUGAUAUAUAUGCAUUCUGUGCCGUUUGCUUUGAUAUUGACAUUAAGUCACUAGUAUUUUAAGCACAGAUGGAUAGUGGUCAGCACUAGGAUCUAGGAGAUACAUUUCAUCUUGUUUGAGGCUCUGAAGCUGGAUGCACCUGAACCCGGAUUGAUGUUCAUUCCUGAACUCGAACCCAACGGUUUUCAUCUGUGGAAUAAUUUUCCAAAUGUCUCACUCAUACUUGAUAAUAUUUUCUACAGUGGCAAUGAAAACUCAAAAAAAAAUCACUCAGUACUCGGAAUUGAACAGUAAUAAAAUGCAUACAACUAAGUUGUAAUUUUUUUUAUUAUUACAAAAAAUAUACAUUUUCAAGGGUAAUGACCAUGAAUUUUCCAACCUUACUUUAUAUACUACUUAUAUUUUUCAUUAGUAAUCAAAUAAUUAUGAAUGUACAAAAAGCACUUGAAUAUGAAAUCAUACAACAGUUAAUCGAAAUUGCAGAUGAAAUUGACAAUGAAUUCAAAGAUAAUCAAUUAAAACGAAAAUGUGAAAGAAUUUCUCAACCGAAUUAUGGAUCGUUUCAAUGUUCAACAAUUCAUAAAAAGCUCAAAUCAAUAAAUGAACAAGGUCAACAAAAUGAUGAUAAAAAAGGAAAACAUGGUUGGAAACAAAAACAAAUUUUACAUAAAACAAAUCAAUAUUUAUUGAUUACAAUUGGAAUAUUUUGUAGUUAUUAUUUAAUCAAACGAUUUACAAAAUGA